UUUGCAUCCCUAGAAUUCCCAAGGUGGGAGAAAAACAGCCUCUCCUCUAUUCCACUCAAGAGCCCGAAGAAGGUUUCCAAAUUCUAUUUAUUUCUCAGACUGAAAGAGAGAGAGAGAGAGAGAAAAUCCGCAUCAGCAGGGCUUCCAAGUCCUUUCGCUCAGUAGCCAGCGCUGCAGACCGAGCUGCGGCUUGGCUCUCAGCUCGGGAUUGUUUAAUAGAAAGAUUUAUAUACUAACAGUAUUAUUUACUUUGGGAGGGGAGAUGGCAGUCUAAGGGUAUGCUAAUUAGCCGGAGAUUUUUUUGGGGGGUGGAGGGGGUGGAAAGGGGGUGGAAUAUCAAUUUUUAUUGCAUCACCUGUCAGGAGUGUCCAAUCAGCGUUGGCUUUAGGGGAAUUAAUUGAUGAAGGUGUCUCCGGACGAGCUCACUUCACUCUGUCAUUUGAUUUGGAGCGAAAGCAGCGGCGGGAAGAGCGACUGCAUGGCUCUUCUGGUCUUCCAGCAGCCCCCUCGCGCCCACAUUCCUUUAUCCUAGCCGAGCAGGGGGGAAAGCCGCCAGCCAAAGGGCACAGGUAGCCAGCCCGAAUCAGUGCCGUCGAGAAACACUGGGGGCAAGCCAGCUGAUCUUUCUGCCCCCAAGGCAGUUUUCCGGGGCGUGUUUCCCCCCCCCCUCCAUCUAAGGCUCUCUCUUUCCUUCUCUCUCUCUCUCUCUCUGCUGAUUUUUUUUCUCCUCCAAAGUUUGAUCAGGGAAUAACAGGCUUUGUUCUUUUCCAUUCAGCAGGAUGCCUUGAGAGCAAACCCAGCACCUGGGUGAGGAUUUUUAUUGCAUUUUCUGGGUGGAUUCCCCCCCCUUCCCCCACCGCCUUCCGCUCGCUGUACAACUGGGGCGUGUGGUGUGGGGGGGACCCGCCGGUCUCCCGUUUUAUGCUCCCUCUGCCCCAAUGCUGGAAAUCAUUUAAGGCGCGCCAUGGGAGACUUGAAGUCGGGCUUCGAGGAGGUGGACGGCGUGCGCCUGGGCUACCUGGUGAUCCAGGGCAAGCAGAUGUUCGCCCUGUCGCAGGUCUUCACGGAUCUGCUGAAGAACAUCCCGCGCACGACGGUGCACAAGCGCAUGGACCACUUGAAAGUCAAGAAGCACCACUGCGACCUGGAGGAGCUGCGGAAGCUCAAAGCCAUCAACUCCAUCGCCUUCCACGCCGCCAAAUGCACCCUCAUCUCCCGCGAGGACGUGGAGGCGCUUUACACCUCCUGCAAGACCGAGAGGGUGCUGAGGACAAAACGUAGGGCAGGGGGGCCCGGGCCGGUCCAAGCCUCACCCGGGCCGGACCCCUAUACGGCCUUCUGGAAGGACGGCGGCAAACUUUGGCUGGGUUUGAAUGGAGCGGCGGCGCCCCUGGCCGGCAGCAGGAGGAGGGCUUGGCGCACGGCGGCGGCGGCGGCGGCGGAGUCGGGCUCGUUCCUACCGGCCUCGGAUCUACCUCACUUUUGGAGCAAAUCCCCCGCUCACAGUGGCCCGGGACUGGCCCGAUCGUCUCGCAAAGGGUCGCCAAACUAUGAAACUGCCUCGCUCGGGGCUCGCUACAUCUCCCUGGCCUCGGAGCCGGCUUCUUUCCGCAGCCUGCUCUGCUCCAAGCACCCCCAUUACUACUACCGCUCCACGGCCGCCAUUGCCAGCCAACCCAAGCUCGCUGCUGCAGCCGCUGCCGCUGCUGCCGCCGCCGCCGCCGCUGCUGCUGCCGCCGCCGCCGGAGGUAGCCCCCUGGCUCUGGGGUGCCGAUCUAAGAGGAAAAAGGCCGCCGAGGGCCGCUUUCCGCCGGGCUACGGGCGGCGGCUGGUUAUCUUGCCCCGCGCUUGCAAGCCCAAAGCCGGCGCUUCAGAGAGACUGCCCGCCUUGAAUGGCUUCCUGGCGGCGGCCCCGCAGCCGCACCAGCCUUUCCCCGAGAGCUACAGCAGCGACUCGGAAUCCAGCUCCUACUCGGACCACGGCGUCAACGACUCCGACUUCUGCUCCAGUUUAACCAGCACCAGCAAUUCGGCCUCUUCGGAAGAGGAGGAGGAGGAGGAGGAGGAGGAAGGCAGCUGCGCCUCGGAUUCCAGCGAGCUGAGCUCCGAGGAGGAGGAGGAGGAAGAUGAGGAGGACGAGGAGGAGGAGGAGGAAGAAGAAGAAGAGGAGGAGGAGAGCAGCUCCGAGUCCGAUUCCAGCUCCGGCUCCAGCCAAGUGUCGGUGCAAAGCAUCCGCUUCAGGCGCACCAGCUUCUGCAAGCCGCCCAGCCUAGCUCCGGCCAGCCUCCCGUCCCAGCCCCAUCUGGUCGGCCUCGGGGAUCUGCCCGGUCCGGCGCGGGCCAUCAAAGCCGAAGCCUGCGAGGAGGAGGACUGGAGCAGCCAGGCCGCCUGGGUUCCUAAGUCAGAGCCUGGCCUGGGCUGUCACCACCCCGGGGGCGUCGGCAUGUGCUUUGGGGAGCUCAGCCAGGCCCGAGGGGGCGGCGACGGGCCCCCCUUGGCUGGCCAGCAGUGUCACUCUCCUCCGCCUGAAGUGAAGGCUCCCCAUCUGACAGCCCUCACUUGUUUGCCCAGGGGGGAGUCUUCGCCCAGCCCAAAGACAAACCAAGCUUUGCCGCAGCAGAGAUCCCUCCGAGAGGCCAGGAGAGGCCAGGCAGCCAGCCCCCUUCCUCCUCCUCCUUCUCCUCCUCCGGUCCUUGCAGAGAGCCCCCCUGCUGCUCUUGGGGGAUCCCCAGAAGCAGCCCCCACCGCCUCCCAGCCCCAUCGCCCUUUGCCCCCUUACGCAGACUGUCCCUCCCUCCAAAACCAGCCGAAGGUGGUUGUUGAUGCUGCUGAAUGCCCCCAGCCCCCGCCACUGCCCCUUGUGCCCAUUGCCCAGAUCAAAGUCGAGGACAGCAGUGCCAACUCCGAGUAUGGAGCCCUCCCCGUGCAGAGCCAGAUCCCGCUCCCGCUCCCGCUCAAAUGUGAAGGCAGCCAGGAGGAGCCCAAGCUGGAGGCGGACAGCGGUCCCUCGCCGCCGGUCACCCCCAUCCAGCAGCCUCAGGACCUCCAGCUGCCAGCCAAGGAAGACCCCGCCUGCACUGACGAGCCCCCCAGCCCUCCCUCCAGCCCCUCGUCGGCCCCCCCGAGCCAGGCCCUCGCCGCAUGCACUUUAGGCGCUGCUGCUGCUGCUGCUGCCGCCAAACCCGAGGAUGGGGAGUACAAAUUUGGAGCCAGGGUGAGGAAGAACUACCGGACUUUAGUGCUGGGCAAGCGAGCCCUGCUGCCGAGCCCAGCUCCGCUCAAACCAAAUCUGAAAUCCGUGCGGAACCCCCGGCCGCCCCCGGGGAAGCUGCUGGAGGCCCACGAAGGAACACUGGAUGACUUGACAGUUCUCAGCCGGCGCAAAAGGGUCGCCAGCAACGUUGCCUCUGCCGUCAAAAGGCCCUUUAACUUCAUGGGCAAUUUCCCCUGCCCACCCUCCUUAGUGGUUGGCCUUGACGGGGAUUUGUUGCCAGCCUACACCUUAAACACCGCCAAGGAUGCCCAACCGCCUCCCAAAGCCCAUCCAGUCUGGAAAUGGCAGCUGGGCGGGUCAGCGAUACCUCUUCCACCCAGCCACAAAUUCAGGAAAUUUCAUUCAUGAAAGAGAUUGAAUGGGAACCGUACUACAUGGUUGUUGUUGAUUCUUUUUCUUUCUUUUUUCCUCUUUUGGGUCCCACCUUCCUAUUUUCCUUACCUUUGAAAAUCUACGCUGGAUGGCUUCCCCCAUCACAUCCAAUGUGUGGUGUGUUUUUUUGGUUUUUUUUUGUUUUUUUGCGUGGAAUCCUGGUUGAUCCUAUUUUUGAGGAAGACGAUAAAGCGGAUUACUAUUUUCUUGGCCAUGAAAACAGAUCUGGGGGUACGGGGUGGGGGGAGAAGAGGUCUAACAUUCCACAGACUACUUCAGGCGAAAGACUCAAGUUUGUUUUUAAAAAGAACAAGGAAAAAAAACCUCAGUGAAAUCUGCUAAAGCUGGAACACUUUACUGUCUCAAAAUGCUAAUAAUGCACCCGGUACCUCAAUUAAACUGCUACAAAUAAAUGUUAAAAACAAACAAAACAAAACAAAACAGAAAGGUUUGAAUACUAGCAAUUUGAAUGAGCCAUUAAUAUGUAAUGCACUAGAUUUCGAAUCUGGAAGUCUAACUGUUAAAUUCCGUUCAAGUUUCUUCAGUGAGGAGGUUGCACAGUGAGGAAUCACUAUAAUUCAGGGGGACAGGAGCUAACUUUGUUGUAGAGGCUUUCUUAUAGAUUCUGAACCACCCAACCCUUUCCAGAAAAAAAGCAGUUGUUCUCCAGCAUUUUGGCAGAGGGUCUGUGUGUGAGUGAUUGGCUAUGUGUGUGUAUGUGUGUGUGUCUCUAGAUCAACACUGGGAAAGUUGCUUCCUCUGCUGCGAAUCGAUAAAUAUAGAAUUAGAUUUGCCAUGCUGGUGAGGGUAAAAAUAAAAGUGUUUUGAAAAUCAAACCAUCUGGGACAAGCCACUCUUGGCAAAAGUUGGAAGCCUUUUGUUAUUUUACCUUGAACACUUCAGGUUGGCCACUCAGUAUCAUAUCUCCAUCCAGUCACUCUUACAGGCUUCUCCUAUGCAAGGAGGCCCCUCUGAGUUCAGUAGGGUUUACUCCCAAGUAGCUGCAUAGGACUGAAGUCUUAAACUCUUUAGGAUUGCAGUUAAAUGGAUUGUAGAUGGCAGCCAUGCUUCUGUUGGAAGGGUGAGGGCAGGGUGUCCUCCAAAUGUGGUUCUCCCAGAUUUGCAAAGCCAGAAGAAUGUUAGCUUCUCACGUCCUCAGUAGAAGGAAUAAUUAGAACAUGUAGUAAAAUCCAACAUAAUAAAUGCAACAGAGGCCCCAGUGAAAGGAUAUUCCCAAAGGAGAAUCCCAUACUCUUCAUGGUGGCUGUUUUGGCACCAAAACUCAGGCAUUUAAACCCCAGGACAUAUCACUGUUUUCUCUAUAUCUUUGGAAACUUGACUUUUUCCUAACCAUUCUAUCUUUGUAGCAGGAGCAUUUUUACUGCACGUGACAAUCAGAGGCAAUUGUCUAUAUUUGCACUUAAUCUCGACAUAGUUGAAGCAGGGCAGACUUCUAGAGUUGAGCCUUUGGAAAGACAUGCUGGUGUAAUAUGUUGUGAUGAUGGAAGCAGUAAAUCAAAAUGAUGGAAAUUUGCACUGUUGGAAAAAGCAUGCUUUAGCUUUAUUUUCAAUUAAAACACUGUUUUAAAAAAAUAA